AUGGCGGCCGCUGCUUGCGGUCCUCGCGACUGUCCUAGGACUAAUUCAGCCAAACCACACAAAGAACACCUGCGAAAAAGUCGGGAUUCCCGUCGCAGACAAGCAGCACUGUUGUUUCUCACCAAUAUAUCUUUGGACGGACGACCGGUUUAUGACCUAAGCAAUGGAAUCGUUGGCCCCAGGGAAGCCGAGAGCCUGUGUGUGGAUGUCGGCGCGGCGGCGGUGACGGGUCCCCCUCUGGCGACACCUAUCAGCUACGGAACCUUCACCCAAGUGUCAUCCAUCAGCGGGGGAGCAGCGACCCCUCUACCGAGGACUAACACUUACCCUGGUCCUCUGAGCCCUCCUCCAGCAUUUAUUCAAGGGAGCUGCGACGUUUUCACGGAGGAUGGACGAACAGAUUCUUUGUCAGUCCAGGCACCCCCGCUUUCACCGACCUCUGGACCGCUGAAUCCGUUUUCAGGAUCCAGUAAAUCACCCAGCCAAUUCCCGGGCUCUAAUCCUGUUCCUGAUCCGCGCCAAAGGACACGUAACCUCUCUGGGUCUCCAGGGCCAAAGGUUUCCAAGAAGGUGCAUUUCAUCAAGAGUAUGAGACAGUAUGACACUCGAGGGAGCAGGGUUGUGCUGAUCUGUGCCAAGAGAUCCCUGUGUGCUGCUUUCUCUGUAUUGCCCUAUGGAGAGAGUUAUCACAUCAGUGACUCUAAACUAGAAGCCCAGAGACAGAGACACUCUUCUGGUGGGGGAGUUGAUAUGGUCCCUGGACUGGAGGGAGUGGAGGUGGACUUUGGAAAGACAGUAUCAUAUGCCCGUUUUCUGCUUCCAACUAAUGCCUUGGUCAGGCAGAAGAGCAGCGGCCCACCUGACAUCUGUACAGCUCCGAUGCCAGUGUCUCGCAACCGUAUUAACGGGCAGAAGAACUUCACACCUUCUCGAAUCAACAGCGCAGCUGGACAAGAUACUAGUGUGUUACAUGGUGUGGACGAGCUAUCAGACUAUGACCCCAACUUACUCAGUGACCCCCAGUGGCCUUGUGGGAAGCACAAGCGAGUCUUAAUUUUCGCAUCUUAUGUGACUACAGUUAUUGAGUAUGUGAAACCGUCUGACUUGAAGAAAGACAUGAAUGAGACAUUCAAGGAGAAGUUUCCUCACAUAAAGCUGACACUCAGCAAAAUCAGAAGUUUGAAAAGGGAGAUGCGCACGGUGAGCGAAGAGUGUGGCCUACAGCCGGUUACCAUAGCAAUGGCUUAUGUUUACUUUGAGAAGCUGGUUCUGCAAGGGAGGCUGAACAAGCACAACCGAAAGCUGGUGUCUGCUGCUUGCGUUUUAUUAGCUGCCAAGAUCAGUAGCGACCUCAAGAAACAAGAGGUCAAGCAGCUGAUCGAUAGGUUGGAGGAGCGUUUCCGAAUAAAUAGCAAGGAGUUGAUUUCCCUGGAGUUCACGGUUCUGGUUGCCUUGGAGAUGGCACUCUACCUCCCAGACAGCAAGGUGUUUUUUUUUCUUCCCUUUUUGAUGAGUUUUCGGGUAUGUGUGGCAUUCCGAUGCGUAUCCAGCCAGGCACUCUAUGUUAGAGAUGACAUUUAACGGGCACAUUGUGCUUUUAUCUCUUUCUCUCUUUUUUUUAAGUCAUCUAACAUUUACCAGCUUGGCUGUGGUUUAACAGUGAUGUAAUGUUCUUUUAGACACUCCGCAAUUAAUUUUAGGUAGUGUUGAAUGUAAAGAAGUAUUUUGAAUAUGUGAGUGCCAUUUUAAACAGUUAAUCAAAUGUUUAGAGAAACUAAACUGUUUACCACUUGUCUUUUCUUAUAGAUGCAAGUGUUUUUGAAUGUCUUGACAGAAGUCUUAGGUUAUGGUUUUCUCAGUAUCAAUGCACAGCUGUGACAAUUACAGUGAUGAAAUAUUUCAUUUUUUUGCAUCCUACUGUGUCCUAUUUAUCUUAUGUGCAACAUUGAUUGAGCACGUUUCAAACAGUACAGUAGGUUUUACAAAUAACUCCACAUCUGUAUAUUAAACUGUUGUGUAUUUGGUCACAGAGGAAACGCCACCUCCUUUGACCGAGUGAGUCUGUUUUGUGUUGUGCAGUGUUGAAUAUGACCUAACCUUUCUGAGUCUUCUUGGUUAGUGUUCAUACAAUAUCGUCUUAUAUUUUAUCUCUGAUAUUCUUCUUUGGAAAUGUUUAUACACCAUAAGAGUGGCCUAUGUUUACUUUCAGAACCUGGACAGUAUCACAGUGUGCAGCAUUACCAGAAAUAUGCAACAUUGUUUUUACAUCUGAAUUUUGGAAUUUAUUUUUUAUUUUUUGGACUGAGAAACAGAAGCACAUAUCUAGUGGUGAUCCUUUUUAACGUGAUGGCUCUGUAUGGUGCAUUUGCUGCUUUCCCUCAGGGAUUCAGACUGGUCAAAAUUCACAUUUCUGAGACAAAUUAUCAACUAUGAGAGGGUAUUUGAAUUGGAGAGAAGUGUGGGUAAUCGUACAUCACUAUUCCUUCAAAGUGUAAAUCUUUACUCAGCGUUGAAGAAUGAAGUGCCUUUUCUAUUACAUUUGUCAGUAUGGUUCUGCUGCCAUACCGUUUUUCACACAUCUUGUCUUUUUAAUCUUUUUGAUACCGAGUAAUCACACAUCUUGACACGUUAUGAAUGUGACAAUAGAUCCGGCUGGAAAAGCGUGUGACAUAUUGAUUGAAAUCUCACUGUAUGUGAACACAUUCACUCCUGUGAUACUGUCGCGGAAGCUUCGAGGAUGUGGAAGGGUACAAGCACUGUGAGGGAAUCCUGUGACCUUCUGCAUGAGAAUACUGUGUUUUUUGUGAGUGUUUGUUUAUGAAUUUCUUCCAAAAGAUUUAUUUUUCAAAACUGUCUAUUUUAGCAGUAGGUCAUAGAAUGAUGUGAAGAUAGUUUGCACUGCUUGAUUAAACGCCAACAGGGUUAACACUGAACCGGAAACCACAGUAUGUUGGUGUUUAUUGGGCGGCAUGGCUUUAGUUUGGACUGAACUGUUCACAGGGUCCUAUCUGUUGCACUGUGUAGAUGCUGUGUUUUUGUCAUUUUUUCUAUUUGCAUUUAUAAAGAGGUCUUUAAUUGUU